GGUCCGUCCAUGCUGCCUACCAUGAGCGUUACGGGCGAGGUAGUCUGGGAGAACAGGAUGAUUACGCCCGACCGGCUUUCUCGCGGUGACCUCGUCACCUACGUCUCUCCCUUGGACCCCACUCGGCUCGUCUGCAAGCGGCUCAUCGGCCUCCCGGGAGACGUCGUUUGCGUCGACCCAACGGGUACGCUAGCACCGUCUACUGAACAUGUCGUGGUACCCAAGAACCACGUCUGGCUCAUUGGCGACAAUGCUGCUGCAUCUCGCGAUUCAAGGGUGUACGGACCUGUCUCGAUGGCACUCAUCAAGGGACGCCUAGUGGCGAGGGUCUGGCCUCUGUCGCAAUUCACUAUAUUCCGAAGCAACUUCAGCUAUAUCGACUAAGCGUGUGAAUGUGUGCUACCCAGGUCAGCAUAUCUACACGCCUCACCCUGCCACAUUAUCCCGCGAGCUCGUUCGACGGGACAUGCAGGCGUACCAGUUCUUGCAGUAUGCUAUACGACAAGCUGGCCCCCCUCCUCAUACGGACUGGAACCGGCGGCUCCAUUUGCAGAUAUCUGUCUAUCUGACAAAGUUCAUAGAAUAACCGCCUUGCCCAUUGGGUACAAACUGGAAGUUGUCUGUAGACAGGCCAAAUCGUCCUGUGCAUGUCGUGAAUAAUAUGCACGCGCGAUAU